AUGGAGUCCAACUUUGGAAACCGUGCUUUUGUAUAUCCAACCUUGAGCCAAUUGCACUCAGAAUUCAUCGAUAGUCUCGACAUGGUUGCUAAAAUUCAGCCUCCAAUCGUCCUGCCAUCCCAGUCUGAGCAAGGUACAGUUCCAUAUACGCCUCUACCGUUCUCCAGUAACCAGGUCAGUACGAAACAAUCCAUGAACCAUCAAGCCUCAGCGUCUUUUUCCAACUCCUCCCUAACGAUGUCACACAGAACGCCUUCGUCAACAUCACGGCCAGUGGUCUGCCGCCUCCAAACUCCAACCACUCCCUCAGGGCGCAGAACGCCAUCCCUAACCCCACCCACCGCAAUACCACCUCAACGCUCACAACAAGCACUCCAACCAACUCCAACUCCAUCACAGCAACUGCAAACCCCACGUCAAAUACCACACCGCAUCCCCACCCUACCACAACCACAUCCACAACUGCAAACACCACGUCAAACACCACACCCCAUCCCCACCCUACCACAACCGCAUCCGCAUCCGCAUCUACAACCGCAACCACCCAAUCCGCCCGCGCCCGCCGCCAGACCCACAUCACGCGCCCCGCCGAGCGCGCCGCCAGCUGACCGGGAGUGGAAGGGGCUCAAGGCCGCGGGGAACAGGGAACCAUAUCGUGUUCAGGGGGGCAGCGGAGUACAUCCAGCGAGUAAGAAGAAGAAGAAGAAGAAGAAGAAGAAGAAGAAGAAGAAGAAGAAGAAGAAGAAGAAGAAGAAGAAGAAGAAGAAGAAGAAGAAGAAGAAGAAGAAGAAGAAGAAGAAGAAGAAGAAGAAGAAGAAGAAGAAGAAGAAGAAGAAGAAGAAGAAGAAGAAGAAGAAGAAGAAGAAGAAGAAGAAGAAGAAGAAGAAGAAGAAGAAGAAGAAGAAGAAGAAGAAGAAGAAGAAGAAGAAGAAGAAGAAGAAGAAGAAGAAGAAGAAGAAGAAGAAGAAGAAGAAGAAGAAGAAGAAGAAGAAGAAGAAGAAGAAGAAGAAGAAGAAGAAGAAGAAGAAGAAGAAGAAGAAGAAGAAGAAGAAGAAGAAGAAGAAGAAGAAGAAGAAGAAGAAGAAGAAGAAGAAGAAGAAGAAGAAGAAGAAGAAGAAGAAGAAGAAGAAGAAGAAGAAGAAGAAGAAGAAGAACCUUCUGAGAGAAAUAAAGCCUCUGGCCCGGGGCGUCCGUCACGCCUGCAGCUCCUGCAACUACAGCACCACACGGCUACAAGGACAGGAACAUCGCUCUCUCUGCUCUAACUAG